AUGACUCAGCAAUUUAUUGAAUCAAAUUCAAAAGUACCUCAAUUUUUCGGCUUUUCUCAAAUUUUCAAUGAAUACGAUGAUCAUAAUUUGUUAAUAAAUUCUAUACAAGAGGACUUUGAUAAGUGGCAAGAAGAAAAUUGGUUAAAGUACUGGAACAAAGAAGGUGAACAUAUCGUUCUCGAAGCGUGGAAUGAAAAGUACAAAGAUUAUUUAAAGGAAGGAGAAGAACACAAUGAUAAAAAAGAUCUACAAUUGGAAACUACAAAAGAAGAUAUUAUAGAAGAGUCCGGCGAAAGUAAAACCGAAAUUAUAUCAACUGAUAAUGAAGUAGCACAAGAAGAAUAUUCCCAGAGCUGGAAUGAAUUGUGGGAACAACAUAGAGAAGAAAUUUACUUCGAACAGUAUUUACUCUACACAACAAUACUUUAUAAUUAUUUUUUGGAAUUGAAAAAUUCCCUAGAACAAAUAUUGCCUAUUGAGGAAGCAAUUGAAGAGGAAGAGGAGGAAGAAGACAAUAACAAAUACUCAUUGAAUGAGUAUAACAAUUUGUCAGAAGAAUUGGAACAAUUAAAACUUCUUGGUUUACCAACAGCAUUUGGUGGACGACCACAAAAUUCAUCUAAAAAAGCCAAAAAACUACACAAAAGCCUUCAUUUCAGUGAUUUCUUUUCGGAAUCAGAUAUUGAUAACACUUCAAGUGAAUCGGAAAUGGAUGACAUUUCAACUAGCACUUUGCCACCUCUGCAAGAGGAGGAAACCGAUGCAGUUUCACUACACGCUACAGAGAACAAUGCCAUUAGAAAAGCAACACAAAAAACCCAGAAGAAAAAGAAAAAUCGUAAAUUAAAAAAUAUCCCCUCUUUCCUAAUAGAAGAAAAAGGCAUGCUAAAAUAUUGGCGCAAACGUUUCAGUCUAUUUUCCCGUUUCGAUGAAGGUAUUCGGCUAGAUCGUGAAAGUUGGUUCUCUGUAACUCCCGAAAAAGUCGCCAAACAUUUGGCCGAACGACUUCAAACCAGUAUUUUGGUUGAUGGAUUUUGUGGCAGUGGUGGAAAUGCCAUACAAUUUGCUUUAACAUGUGAUCGAGUAAUAGCCAUCGAUAUUGAUCCUCUCAAGUUGGAAAUGGCCAAACACAAUGCCAAAAUUUACAAUGUAUCGCACAAAAUUGAAUUUAUUUGUGGUGACUUUCUACAAUUGGCUAACACGGGUAAGUUAAAGGGCGACAUCGUGUUUUUAAGUCCUCCCUGGGGUGGACCGAAAUAUAAAAAUAAAAAAGACUAUGACAUUGAAAAGUAUCUACUACCGGUCAAAGCCUCAGAAUUGGUUGAUGCUGCACGUCAUAUAUCGACAAAUGUGGCAUUAUUUUUACCUCGCAAUUCCAAUUUAAAGCAGAUUAUUAAAUUGGCUGGUAUUGGAAAUCGUUGUGAAAUUGAGCAUAGUUAUUUAGAUUCUCGAUUAGUAGCCAUAACGGCGCUGUAUGGAGAAGAUAUUUUAAAAAAUAAAUCUUCUGAAACAUAG